AUGAAAUUUUCAACUCACCUUAAAGCGCUAAUGCGCAAAAAUUAUAUACUAUGGAAGAGAAACUGCUGCUGCUCUUGCUUAGAAGUAUUUCUACCAGUUUUCCUCUGCUGUUUCUUUUUCCUAAUUAGAUCAUAGGUUUCAAUCGAUUACUUAGAUUAAGAGAGUUUCAUAGACCCAUAUUAUGUUUCUAAAAAUUAUGCUGAUAACUUAUUGCCAGUAUAUUCUACAUUUCUUCCUGAUAGCACUCCUGUCAACGAUCCCAUUCACAACAUACCUCUGCCAAUCUAAAUAAAAGAUUGUUUAACUGGAAAAACUAGUGAUUUUCCAGAUUAUAGAAAUGGUUAUAUUGCUAUGGUAGACCCAGGAAACCUGCUUUAACCAUUAGCAAAUAUUUUUACUAAUUACAAAAAAUAUAAAGUGAAAUCCUAUAACAAUAUUUAAGAUUUAACAGAUUAUAUUAGCGGUUCAGGAUACAAUCAAGAUAUUUGCUUUGGUGUAGCAGUAGAUUCUUAUUAAAACAAUAAUUUCAAAUAUAGGCUCCUCUUUAAUACUUCUGAUUAAAAUCAAUUAGAAGUUCCGAAUACGUUAGAUCCAAGUGUUCUCACUUAUGUUUAUCAAAUGAUUAAAGACUAUUUUUACCCUUGGAGAGAUAAUGGAUUCUUGACAAUUCAAAAUUGGAUAGAUAAUAUCAUUUUUAGACAGGUAGCAAAUAAUUAGAAUAUGAAAAUAUUCUCUAGCAUUACUUCUAUGACUAUUGAGAAAUAUGGUAAUGAUCCUCUUUCCACUACUUUGAAAGGAAAUUUUGCAGUAUAUGUCAUUUUACCUAUGAUUUUGGUUUACCUCAGGAUGACUUAUGGUUUACUAAUUGAAAAAGAAAAGAAAAUUAGAGAAGGUAUGAAAGUUAUGGGUAUGAGCGAUGCGAGCUUUUAUGUUUCUUGGGUUUUAUAUUAUUUCAUUAUAUAUGUCUUGAUUAGUUUAUUAGUUGCUUCAGUUUUAAAUGGUGCAAUUUUCAAACACACAGAUUGGAGUGUCCUCUUUAUAUGGCACUUGCUUUUUGGUAUCUCCCUCAUUUUUUAGAGUCUCUUUAUUACAACUUUCUUCACAAAGGCAAGAAUUGGAAAUAUAGUCGCAAUGGUUUUCUUCUUAUUUUAGUACAUGGUUGUUUUUAUCGUUUAAGGUAAUUCUGAUCCAACUGAAUAAACCAAGGUCAGUGCAUCUAUUCUCUCUCAUACAGGAACUACUUUUGCCUGUGAUGUUUUCUUGCUCAUAGAGGCCUAAUAGAGAGGUAUUACUUGGUCUAAUCUAGGAUAAACCAUUGAUAAUUACUCAAUUUCUGUCAAUAUGGGAAUGAAUAUUCUUAAUAUCUUUAUAUUUAUUAUUCUUUCUAUUUACUUUGACUAAGUUUUCCCAAAUGAUUUUGGUAAAAAGUAACAUCCUUUAUUCUUCAUUAAUUGGAUAUGGAGAAAGAAGCUCACUCCUGAGUAAAAAAGAUAAAGACUUUUAGGCAAAGUAAAUGAUGAAGAAGCUGCAAUCAAUUUUGAUGAUAAUGUUGAAGAUGUAGCUAAAAACUUGAAGGAUUAAGAAGCCUUAAACUAAGUUGUAACUCUUAAAAAUGUAAGGAAAGUUUAUUCUUCAGGAAAAUUAGCAGUAAAUGGAAUCAGCUUUACUAUGUACAAUGGUUAGAUUUUUGCCCUUCUAGGACAUAAUGGAGCUGGUAAGACAUCAACAAUUUCUAUGCUAACAGGAAUGUAUGAAAUGACUGAUGGUUAGGCAAUAGCAUUAGGAAAAGAUGUAUAAUAAGAAAUGAGUGAUAUCAGAACCUUCAUGGGUGUUUGUCCUUAAUACGAUAUCUUGUUUGAUAACUUAACUGUGAAGGAACAUCUUGAACUUUUUGCUGUAUUUAAAGGUAUGACUGACUCUAAGCUUAUCUAAUAAGAAGCUCUUAAACAUAUACAAGAUGUAGAUCUUGGUGAAAAAACUAAUGAGUUAGCCAGAAAUUUAUCAGGAGGUCAAAGAAGAAGAUUGAGUGUUGCAAUAGCAUUUAUUGGUGGAAGUAAGCUAAUUUAUUUAGAUGAACCCACAAGUGGUAUGGAUACAUCAGCUAGAAGACAUAUUUGGGAUAUGCUUAAGCGCUAUAAAAAUGAUAAGGUUAUAUGUUUAACUACACAUUUCAUGGAUGAAGCUGACUACUUAGGUGAUAGAAUAGGUAUUAUGGCAGAUGGUUAAAUUGUUUGUUUAGGUCGUCCUCUAUUUUUGAAAAAUAAAUUCGGUACUGGAUAUAAUCUUACAAUAGUUAAAAAGAAUCCUACUGAUAGCUCAGAACCAAUCAAAUAAUUCAUUUAAAAGUUUAUUCCAGAUGCCAAAAUUCUCUCAGAUGUCUCAGCUGAAAUAGGAUUUUAAUUAAAGAAUGAAUCAAUAAGCGCCUUCCCUCAGAUGUUCAAUAGUCUUGACUAAAGUUUGGAAUAAUUAAAUAUCCAAUCUUAUGGUAUUUCUAUUACCACUCUCGAAGAAGUCUUCUUGCGUGUUGCUCACUUAAAAGAAGAAAAGAAAGAAUAAAUACGUUUAGAAAAGUUACAUCUAGAAAAAAAGCGUUUAUCGGUUGAACAAUAAAAAAUUGAAGAAGAUACCAUGAAUGAAGCUGAUAAUAUUGAUUUCCAAAAGAUAAGAAUCACAAAGUCAUCCAAAUUAUUCUUCAUUCAUGUUUGGGCCUAAAUUGUUAAACGUGCUAUCUAUUUCAAACGUGAUGUUCGUUCUCUUCUUUGUGAAGUAGUUUUACCAUGCCUAGUUGUUGUUUUUGGUUUAAGCUUAACAUUGAUUAAAUUUAUCUAAGAAUCACCUGCAGUUGAGCUUGUCCCAAGCAAUUUCCCCACUCCUUUAAAUGCAGUAGUUAGCAAAGAUCCUUCAAUAACUUCUUAAGUUGCUGAUGGUAUAUUUGGCAGCUUCGUGAAUAGCUCACUUUACAAUUUUGCCAAACCAUAUCAAACUGCUAUUACUCCAAAUUUAUGGGACACCGAAGUUUUUAAUCAAAAAAAUACUGAUUCUGUUCUUGGUUAUUAUAUCAAUUCUAUCUCACCAACUACUUAUUCAUAUACAGCAGAAAUUAACACCAUUUAUAGAGAUGCAGCACCUUUUGCUAUGAAUUAAAUGAAUAAUGCAAUAAUUAAUUAUUACCUGAAGUAAAAUAACUUGCCAACUAUAACCAUUACUGUUACAAACGAUCCUUUACCUUUAACAAAAGAAAUUAAAAGCUUUGAAGGUAGCGCAACUGGUAUUGUUGCUAGUUUUAUUUAUGCUAUAGCCUAUUCCUUCAUCCCCGCUUCCAUUAUCACAUUUACUGUUAAAGAACGUACUGAUAAAAUCAAACAUUAAUAAUUAGUUAGUGGUGUUGGACUUUUUAGUUAUUGGUUCAGUAACUAUUUAAUAGAUAUGGUAAAACAUAUAAUUCCUGCCGUUUUUGCUAUUUGCAUGGUUUAUGCAUAUAAUAUCAGUGCUUUCACAGCUGAUGAUUGCAUGGGAGCUGUUGUCUUGCUUCUAUUCCUUUAUGGAUGGAGUGUUAUCCCCUUCACUUACUUUAUUGGUUUCCUUUUUGAAGAUUAUGGUAAUGCAUAGGUUGCAGCUUUCUUCAUAAACUUUAUGGCUGGUGGUAUUUUCCCUCUCAUUAUUUUUAUCUUGAGAAUUAUCAAAUCAACAAGAGAUGCUGGUAUAAUAGUUGGAUGGAUAUUAAGAAUCAUACCUUCCUUUAGCUUUGGUUAUGGUAUAUUAAAUAUAGGAAAUCGUAAUCUUUAUGCCUUCUUUGAUGGUUCUAAAACACCUCAAUCAGCCUUUUCUUUGGAUAUCUCUGGUGGUGACCUUAUUCUUACAUUUGUAGAAGGUUUCUUCUACUUCUUUUUAGUAUUUGCAAUCGAAAUAGGUUCACAUAUUGGCAGUAUAUCUCGUUUAAUCAGUAACGAAGCAUCAGUUCCAUAUGUACCUAAAGAAUAUGAUGAAGAUGUUCAAAAAGAAAUUACAAGAGUUGAAAAUUCUAAACCAAGUGAUUUUACUGUCAGAGUAAAUAAGCUUCGUAAAGUUUUCAUUCCAAAUAAAGACCGUAUUAAAGUAGCUGUAGAUUAAGUUUCUUUCGGUAUUUCUAAUGGUGAAUGUUUCACUUUAUUAGGUGUGAACGGAGCUGGUAAAACAACAACUUUUAAAAUCCUUUCAGGAGAAAUAAAUCAAACCUCUGGUGAAUGUCAUAUCUAUGGCUAUGAUGUAUCAAAAGAGCUUUCUUCAGCACGUGCUCAUAUCGGUUAUUGCCCAUAAUUCGAUGCUUUAAUUGAAAAUUUAACUGCUAGAGAACAUCUCGAACUCUAUGCAGCAAUUAAGGGAAUACCUUACGAACUAAGAGAGCGUCUUGUCAAAUAAAAAAUAGUAGAAAUGGAUUUAACUGAAUUUGAACAUAAAUUAGCUGGUACAUACAGUGGUGGUAACAAGCGUAAACUCUCUGUUGCCAUAGCUAUGCUUGGUAAUCCUGAAACUGUCUUCUUAGAUGAGCCUUCAACAGGCAUGGAUCCUGCUGCAAGACGUUUUAUGUGGAGUGUCAUUUCUAGAAUUUCAACAAAACGUAAAGCAUCUAGCGUAAUCCUAACAACCCACUCUAUGGAAGAAGCAGAAGCAUUAUCUACUCGUAUUGCUAUUUAGGUUGAGGGUAUACUUAAAUGUAUAGGAACGGUUUAACAAAUUAAAGAUAAAUUUGGUGAAGGUUAUGAAGUUGAAAUCAAGCUAACAGUACCUUCAGAUGAUGAAUUGAUUAGCAACUUAUCAAGCCUUGGUAUUAGUUAAUAAGAAGCUUUAAAGCAUAUUCACUUUAAUGAACUCCACUCUUACUUAUAAAGAUUGAAUGGAAUGCAUUACCAAGAAAAAAUUUAAGCCAACGGAGAGGGUUCUUAGCUUUAUGCCAGAUUGAAUUCUUCAUUUGGUGUUAGUGUAUUAUCAUUAGCCUAAUAUAUUAUUUUAGAAACACGCGGUGAUGUAAUUAAAUAAUUUAUCUAAUAAAACUUGGGAUAAUUCACUAUUAUAGAGCAUUUUGAUGAUUUCUAUCGUUUUAGAAUUGAAUCAGAUAUUUCAAUUGGAAAAAUGUUCGAAUUAUUUGAAUAAAAUAAAGCUAAGUUACAAGUGGAUAAUUACUCAGUUAAAUAAGCCACUAUUGAAUAAAUUUUUAAUCUCUUUGCUACAAAUUCUAUUCCCCUCAACUUUAAGAAAAAGGGAAAUCAUAACCACUAUAAUCAUUAAUAACAAUAAUAAAACAUGAUUUAAUAAAAUCCUCAAUAAAUUGAAUUAACUCAUGUAAAUAAAAAUGAAGAAUACAAUCCAUAGCACUAAUAGCUUCAUGUAUAAGACAAAUAUAUAGCUAAUUCUGACUCGAUGUAAACACCUCCUAAUAAUGAAGCUAAUGUAAUAAAUAUAAAAGGUUUCGAACAUCAUAGCAACAAUACAUACUUUAAACCAAAUCAAAAAUAAUGA